AAGUUGCCAGUUUACAAGUGGAUCUGAUUUCAGAAUAAUGCUUUUUAACAUUUUGCUGGCAUGCAAAAGGUUAAAAACCUAAAGGAAAGUGUUAGCCCUCUUAUGAAGCCAUCUCUUGAAUAAAAGUUUUGUGUAUUGUGUUUGAGUGGAAAUGUUUUUAGUAUGUUUUGAAUAAUCAUACAGAUUAUAAUUUUCAUAUUUAUACUGUGUAAUGUUGAAACUGUGGGGGUUUUUUAAUCCAUCACUGUCUAAGAAGUCACAGCUUGUCCCAUGUUCCCUCUGUUGGCCAACAUGUCAGAGGUAAUGAUUCUCAAAAAGGACUGUAAAUGUCAGCUGCCAUUUAUAAUCAGUGGGGAAGGAAAUAAGCCUGUUGUGUUUUCAGUUGUUGUGUUCUUACCUAUGGAUUUAUUUCUUCUGUUCGACAAGGGAGCCUUUGCUGCUGUGCUGUGUCCAAAGGUGAUGUGAUCUUUUGAAGCUCUGGUAUUUCACUGUAUCUCAGGAUGUUUUUGGAGUUCAGUUAUCCUACAAUUAACUCUUUAAUGCAGUCAGCCCAGUGCCUCGCAGCUGCUGGAGGGGAAGGAAUAUGAGAGCAGCUCCUGGAGACAGCCUGUUCAGAAGCAGUGCUGCAGACACGCCUCUCUCAGCAUGACCUCAUGUGUGACACCCAUGGGCGAUGGCCACAGGAGACUCUACAUGGAUCCAGAUAACAAAUGCCAACUUUCUUUGUGUCUUUGCUGGGAAAGCUGCUCUCAGGCCAGGGCACAGUGCAAUGUUCAGGUUUUCUCACCCACUGAGAACUUGCUGCUGCUCCAAAAGCAAUGUCAAAUACAUGGGGACAACUUGCCUUCAAGCUGUUCUGUGUUAGCAGCCUGUGGGAUUUUUGUUACCUGUGUACCAGUGGCUUUCUGAGCUGUCACCUCAGCAGUCUCUUCAGGAGGGUUGAACACUCAGAAACAGCAGGGGAGGGGAAGGUGUCACCUUUGAAAGAUAACCUUUCACCAUGGGAAGAGUGGUUCAUUGGCAAAGAGAAGGAGCUGCGUGCCCGCCUACAGGCUAGAGCUGCAGAGGAAAUUAAUAAACAGCUUGAGGAAAUGAAGCAAAAUCAAGAAAAGGAAAGAAGAAAAAGGAUAGCUGAAGAGAAGCACAAGGAGUGGGUCCUAAAAAAGAGAGAAGAGGAAAGAAGAGAAAGGAAACGAAAGCUGAGCAAAGAAAUAGCAGAAAAAGCCACAAGGGAACUGGAAAAAAUGCAGUUAAAAGAAAAGGCUGACAUGAAGUAUAAAGAAUGGUUAGAGAAGAAGAGAGCUGAAGAGGCAGAAAAGAAGAAAAAAGAGAAGGAAAAAGAAAAAGAACGGGAGGCUGAGCUACAGGAGAAAAGAACAAGAUCAGAGAAAAUCUUUAAGGAAUGGCUGCAAAAUGCUAGAAAUAAGCCACAACCUGCUUUAAAUGGUUAUGGUUACCCACAUGGAAGGUCUACAGGGAGCGCUGAUAGAAAUCUGUAUCCAGCUCCAGCAUAUUGUAACCCCAUUCCUUGGAAGCCAGUACAUGUGCCUCAUUCAAAGGAAGACACAGUUCUCACCAGGAAGAGGAGUCAGAGACCUGCAUCUUGUCAGCCACGUGCAAUUUUACCAGUGGUGGUUUCUAAGCCCAGGAGUAACCCUUGUAUUGGAUCUUUGUGCAGAAAGAAGUUGUAGUCCAGAAAAACUGUUCUUACAACCUUGACCAAAUCGGGCCAUGAAUGUGAAUUUCUGUGUAGUUAUAUGUCCAGUGCAGAUUGCUUUGUGCCUUUUUUUUUUCCUUUUUUUCUUCCCCCCCCUUUUUUUUUCUGAGCAGGUUUUGUGUUUACUGCUAGUUGACCAAUCAAGCUUUUAGUGUUUUUUCUAUAUUACAUUUUAGUUUAAGAAAAAGAUUAAAUGUAAUGGGACUGUACCUCAAUGCCAGUAAAAUGCACAGGGUUGUUUCUUCCUGUCCUCUCUUGUUGUUGAAAGAGUUCUUUUGUAUAUGUAAUUAUUAUUUUGGGCAACAGUAUUAACUAUGUUAUUUUAAAGAUAAAUUUAAUUUGUAACAAAUUGUUUUGUUUUGUUUUGUUUUAAUUUCUAACAAAUUUUAAGACAGUUCUUGGCUUAAUGCAGAAUGAAUUGGCCUGCCUCAGUUCCAGGAUUAUCAUGUUACUGGGAUUACAGUGAUUGAGUGGGAUAGCUGGAGUGCUGCAAGGAAUGGAUGAAGGCUGUUGAGGGAAGCACAGGCUCUUUGCUGGCCCUGAUAUGUACAAACCAGGGAGAGCUGGUCAGGGGUGUGAGGUUUGGGGCCAGUGAUGACAUGCAUGAAUCUGUGGGAUUUGGUCGGGUGCACCUGAGAAUGCUGAGGAAGUGGCAAAUGUCACUGUAAGGAUACUCUCAAUUAUCUUUGAGAAGUCUGGUGAUAAGGGGAGGUUGCUGAUAGCUAGAAGGAAGUGAAUGUCAGGCCAGCCUUCAGGAGGGGUGUGGAUGCAGAGCUGCCGGCUAGCAGUCAGCCUCACCUCAGUCACCUGAGCUGAUGGAUUUGGCCAGUGCAGCCAGCAGCCUCCUGGGCUGCGGAGGAAUAGCACUGCCCACAAAGGGAAGAGUCUGACCCUUGGACCAUAACUAUGCGAGACCACCCUUGGAGUGCUGGGCCCAUUCCUGGGCAGGAAAAGUGACAUGUUCUGGAGCAAGCUCAGUGAAGGGCCACAAAGAUGAUUAAAGGAUUGCAGCAUCUGACAGACAGAAACUUAAAGAGGUGUGAUUGGUCAGCAUGAAGGAGAGAAAGUUCAGUAAUGUCUGUAAAUACCUAGCGGAGAGAGAGAGCAGACCCUCCUCAGUAGUGCCCAGUGAGAGAAGAGGCAGGGAGUGGAAAUCGAAGUACAGGAAAUUCCAUUUAAACAUGGGGCAAAAAUGUUAACAGGAAGAGUCAUUGAAUGCUGGAACAAAUUGCCCAGGGAUGUUGUAGGUUUCCAUUCUUGGAUAUACUCAAAACUUGACUGGACAUAGCCCUGAGAAACCACCUCCAGUUGGCCUUCUUUUGAACAGAGUUGGACUAGAUAAUUUCUAAAGGUCCACUCCAGUCUCAACAAUUCUGUUAUUAAUGGUGAAAAGCAAAAAGCAGAAAUAAAGAAGAUUUAUUUUUCCUGUUGUAGUUGUAUCACUUUGAGAAAUACCUUGUUAUCCUUAAAAAGUUACAGUAUUAAAAAGUAUUGUGCACAUUAUAAAAUUUAUGCGGUAAGAAAACACGCCAAGUCACAUUCUGAAAUGUAUGUGUUCUGUUGAUUCUCGUUCUAGGCCUGAUAUUUUAAUUUCUUCAGAGCAAGUUGUGAAAAAUACUAAACUAUCUCAUGUCAAGUUUAUACUUAAUACGUUACUUGUACCGUGACUUUGAGUGAAUCAGUUUAUACAAUAUGCCUGUGUCUGUUCUUUGUAGAUAGUGGCAAUUGCUAACAAGACUGCAACACCUUACAGUUGCACUUAUAGAUGAUUUGGUUUGUGUUUGCAUUUAGACUUUCACAAAGUCUUAAUUUUACUGUAUGCAUUUAGAAGUCUGGCACCUGUAAAACACAUGGAACAUCAAACAAUGUUUCUGGUAAGUAGGAGCACACAGAAGUCUGCACAUUAUCUUCAGGAUGUAGAACUCAGUGUCCAUCUUUGUCAUUAUGUUGUUGUAGGCGCAGAUUUUGUGGUGAUUGGGAGCAGUGGGUGCAGCUGUUUAGGACAGGUGAAUGCUAUGGAAGGUAAGGAGCCAUGGAGUGCCUAGGGGUGCUGAGCAAUUACACAGGGAGCAGAGGGCACACAGCUGCAGGGCAUCAACAGGAGGGCAUAAAAGUUGUAAGCCGAUGCUCAAAGCCUUUGGUGUUGGUGGUGGCUCCACUGUGGUUCCCAUAUAAUGGUGACCCCAGCAUGAUUUGGGGUUUUGCUGUUGGGCGAGGUGCAAAUGCAGCCCAGCGUAGCCUUGAGAGCAGUGGGGGGACGCUGCUUGAUGGACCAGAGUGGAUUUGGUACCUGGGGUACAGGUGAGCUGCUGGGAACACCAUGGGAAAUAACUUCACACCAUCUAAUGCAACAAAAACUGUGAAAGGAACAAGAGAAGUUAGAGCAGCAUUAGGAGAUAGAGACAGAGUGGCUCUGUUGUUCAGUGCUGUGUGUUUGCUGGUAAAAUCUUGUGUACUGUGCAUGUGAAUUGUAGUUCUUAGGAUGGGAACAUGUAGAUUCCAUCUUAUGUGUUACUUUAUGAAGUUGUACAGCUGUGGAUGGAAUUCUGUUAUUCUUGAGUGUUUAUGAAGUUUUGUGAUUGUCCAUGGAAUUCUGUAAUUCUGUUAUUCUUGUGUGUUACUUUAUAAACUUGUACGGCUGUUGAUAUUGUCAGUAUUCUAGAUGUGUAAGUAUGAGGAUUUUGAUGUUAGGAAAUGUGAGUUUGGGGAGUGAAUCAAGGUCAGGACACAUUCCAGAGUCAGUGGAGCCUGCACAAGGGAUACUUGUACCAUAUUUGCUAUUUCUCUUGCAAGGACCCUCUAGGGGGAUGGUAGACAUGGCAUUUAUUUAAAAGACAGUUCUGUCCUAACUAAAUUACAGCAAAAGGUUAAGGCAAGAUAGCUGUUGAAUGCACAUACUGGCCCAAAUUCAAUCCACACAAUGAUUUUGUUAAAGAAGAGAAAUAAUGUUUGGAUUUUUUCCAGGGAGGUAUCAACUACACAAUAAAAUGGGCUGGCCUUGUAGCAUAAUUUCAGAUUGUGUGCCACAGAAGGCUAUAAUUUUAUGCUGUUGUGGCAGAUAAUUUACAUCGUUCUUUCUCAGAUGUUAAAAGAUAAAAUAAUGACACUGGAGGACCUAGUUUAAAGGGCUGAUAGCAAUGGUUUGAUUUCCACUGCUCAGAAGGGAUUUCUCUCUGUUAGGAUAUCCGUGCCAGGCUGAGCACAGCUCACAGUGCACUGAGGGAGGCAGUGGCAGAUCUGUAGGAUAUGUGGGGGGUCUGGCUGAGCUGGAGUUCAUUUCCCCACAGCAAUCUCACACUGCUGUGCCUUGUUUUUUUGGCUAGAAGGAUGUUGAUAACAAAAUUGCAAAAGCAAUUUCCUUGCCAGGAUGCAGGAAACGAAAGGUGGAUGGAUGGCAGGUGAGGCUGCAGCUGUGGCUGGGCACAAUAUGAUGCCUCUGCUGCAUUGUUUAUUUCACACCAUAUCAAAGUUAUGCAGUCUUGCACUGGGAGAAGUGAGUUAUUGUGCCCAUCCAGCACUUUCUCCUAUGCCACUCUAUGUAUGCAGAGUUUGUCAGAGGUGUCCCAAGCCAAAUGUGCAUGGCAGUAGCUUGAGGUGCCCUCAGCAGCAGAAUCUGGACAGGGAUAUUUAUUAAUAUAUGUUUAGUGCCAAAGCUGCUGCACUGAUCCAGAGAUGAACACUGAAGUUUCUGGCUGGUUCUUGUUUGUAACGUUCCAGCCAGUUGCAGCUGACAUGACCUCUGUGGAACUUCCUUGUACCUACAAACUCACAUGGCUUUCAGACCUUAGUUCUGUUUCAUAUCCAAAUUAUUCUACUUCUCAGGAAGGAAAAUGGGAGGGAAAACUACCAGCAUUCUUGGUGCAGGGAAAGUGGGUAAUAUAAUCCAAAUGAAUUUAGCAAGGAAUGUAUUUUCAUACUGGUUCAAUCAGCUACUAAUAAAAGAUGUUACAGAAAAUGUAAUUUGAAUAAACUCUAGGAUUUAGAUGCUGCUGCUGCUAUUCUUCUCUAUUUUUUUCUUAACUGGGUGUUUAGGCUGAUGUUAUUAUUGAUAUAUUUGUACAGUCCAUGCUUAAAUGCUGACCAGAGAACUAUUUUUGCUUCCAUGUUAAGCUAAACAGCUUUAAAAAUUGAAAAUAUUUUAUAUAAUUUCCUGAGUGAAGUGGAUGUGCUGAUCAUGUUUCACAAGAUUCCAACACAAACAGAUCUUUGAAAAAAAAAUCUCCUUUUUUUGUUAUUUCAGGUGGUGUUUCUCUGACAUAAAAUUGUUAGAGUCUUCUAAGACUGCUUCAGAGGUGUAAGAUUUCAGGAUUAAAAUGCUUAAACAGGAGUAAGGACAAUAAGCUUCAGCUUUGUGCCUUUUAAAACUAUUUAAAAGUGUCAUUGCCACUUAGCUUUAAGCCUUUGAGACUUUUAAAGCAUAAUCAUCUUAUAAAGCAUUUUAAAUGGUUGGUACAGUCAUUUAAAAUGUUCAUUUGCUUCAUGCCUAGUUAAGUUGGACCAGUGAUUUGUUGUUCAUUUACUGUCCUUGUCAAUAGAUUUAGAGAAUUUAACCUCUCUCCUCUUGAAACUUUUGACAUUCCUCUUACAAUGGUUGCGUUUUUUAUAAAAUAGCUUAGAGGUAACAGCAGUUCCAGAGCCAGUCGCCUAGAAAAUAAGAUAUGUGAGUUUCAGUUUCUGAUCCGCAAACUUUUACUUAUACAUGCAAAAUAAAAUACUUUCUGCAGAAGAGUUAAACAGCUUGAGGUAAUUUAUUCUCUCAUCUGAGUACCAUGGAUGAAAUGAAUGGAAAUAGCAAGGUGGCUAUUGAGAGAUACUGUUCUGGGUUUUUUUUUUUUUUUUCCAGAAGGUCUGUGAAAAAUCUUUUAAAUCAUAUUUAUGAUUUUUUUUAAAAUUAUGUGUUAAAUGCUGAGUGGACAAUAUUUUUAGUCUUUGUCACUCUGUGGGAAGUUUUAGGUUGGAUUUGAAUGAUAUUUCAGGGAAGUGAUAUUUCAGUGGAAAUACCUGAGGUGGGAAAAUGAUGAUGCUAAUGAAAAUGAUGAUCCUAUACUGGUGCUAAAACCCUGAUUGUUUUUACAACUGUGUCCCUUGGUAUCUGAGUUAAGCUUUUGCUGCACACAGCUGGUUGUCACGACAUGGAUGUCUGGAUGGUAACUCGUAUUUAUGCACUGCUUGUGUUUCCUGUGUGCUCCACAAAGAGGCUGGCUGGGAAGAGAAAUAUUUAAUUGGCGUUUGGACUUCACAAGUAUUGCAAUACUGUGCUGCUGUUUGCUUUUAGUU